UGAUUUGUAGGGUGAUUACACAUUUUAAAUCUUCAACAUGUGGAGCGUUUGUUUACUUUGUACGAUCCUUGUAAUUUUGUUUUUAAUUAGAAAAUUAUAUUUGGAUGUAUAUAAAAGACAUAAAAAUGUUUGUAUUGUCGUUCUUGGAGACUUGGGAAGGAGUCCCAGAAUACAAUACCAUGCAAUAUCGUUUAUAAAAGAAGGUUUUACGGUGGAUAUUAUAGGUUAUCCUGGUUCAUUACCCUUAGAAGAAAUAAGAAAAAAUCCUUCUCUGCGUGUUUAUUAUCUUUAUCCUCCUCCAAGUAUGGAAAAUAAAUUAUCUCGUUCAGCUUGUUAUGUGAUAAAAACCAUAUGGCAAACAUUUAACCUUUUAUGGAUAUUAUUCACUAAACAUAUAUCAAGUUAUAUAUUAAUACAGAAUCCACCUGCAAUACCAACAAUUCCAAUUUGUUGGUUUUACUCUGUCAUCGUUAGCUCAAAAUUUAUUAUUGAUUGGCAUAAUUAUGCUCAUACUCUUAUGGCAUUAAGUUUGAAAGAUGAUCACUUACUUGUAAAACUUGCAAAAGUAAUUGAAACAUAUUUUGGUUUAAAAGCAAAUCAUAAUUUUUGUGUAUCUCAAGCAAUGAAAGAAGAUCUACAAUUAAAAUGGGGAAUCAAAGCUGAUGUAUUGUAUGAUCGUCCAUCAAAUGAAUUUCAGCCUAUAUCAUUAACAGAAAAACAUAUGUUUUUGUUAAAAUUAAGUGAGAAAUAUGAAGAAUUAAAAGGUACCAAAGAAAAUUCAACUAUAUUUACAGAAUAUAUAGAAAAUGAAAUACAGUUAUCCCCUAAAAGACCUGGUUUUAUUGUAUCAAGUACAAGUUGGACAGAAGAUGAAGAUUUUUCAAUACUACUAAAUGCAUUACAGGAAUAUGAAAAUGCUUUUGAUCAAGAAACUUGCAAAUUACCUGAUUUAAUUUGUAUAAUAACUGGUAAAGGUCCUUUGAAAGAAUUUUAUGUAGCUAUUAUAAAACUAAAAAAUUGGAAACAUAUUACAAUUGUAACACCAUGGCUUGAAAAUGAAGACUAUCCUAAAAUGCUAGCAAGCGCGGAUUUAGGUAUUUGUCUUCAUACAUCAUCUAGUGGAUUGGAUUUACCUAUGAAAGUCAUUGAUAUGUUUGGUUGUGAGCUUCCAGUUUGUGCAUAUAAUUUUAAAUGUUUAUCAGAACUUGUUAAACACAAUGAAAAUGGAAUGAUCUUUUCAAAUGACAAGGAAUUAGCAGAACAAUUAAAAUCGUAUUUCGCAAACUUUCCUAAUAAUAAUAUUCAACAUCAAUUAGAUAAAAAAUUUCGAGAGGAAUUGCACAAAUUUCAAAAAAAUCGGUGGCACGGACUGUCUUGUUUUGGCAAUGAAAAUUCUACAUUAAAUAAUCGUCCAAUAAUUGGUAUUCUAACGCAAGAACUAAGUUAUUCUUUAAAUCAGAAAUAUCCAGACAGUUAUAUAAGUUAUAUUGCUGCAUCGUAUGUAAAAUUUGUUGAAGGAGCUGGGGCAAGAGUUGUCCCAAUUUGGAUUGGAAAAAACAAAUCCUAUUAUGAAGAUAUCUUGUAUAAAAUAAAUGGAGUCGUAUGGCCUGGUGGAUCGACGUGGUUCAAUCAAAGUGCUGGAUAUGCAGACGCAGGAUAUACAAUUUAUGAAAUUGCGAAACGAAUGAAUAAAAACGGUGAUUAUUUUCCAAUCCUUGGGAUAUGUUUAGGAUUUGAAUUGCUAACGUAUGUUGUUGCUAAACGUUCUGAACACAGGAUCCAUUGUGAUUGUAGCAAUCAAUCACUCCCUCUAGAAUUUGAUCCAGAUUAUAGAAACAGUCGAAUAUUUGGUAAUACUCCAGAUAAUAUUAUAAACAUACUGAAAACUAAGGCCGUGACAGCGAACUUUCAUCAAUAUUGUGUUACAAGAACAGCUUUAAGAAAUGCUGGUAUACAGAAGCAAUUUCGAAUAUUAUCUUUCAAUCACGAUAUAAAUAAUAUUAAAUUCAUUUCUUCAUUGGAACACGUUUCUUUUCCUUUUUAUGGCCUGCAAUUUCAUCCAGAGAAGAACUCGUACGAAUGGGUGAUUAAAAAAAAUAUUCCACACGGGGAACUUGCCACUAAAAUCUCGCAAUAUUUUGCUGAUUUCUUUGUUGAUGAAGCACGUAAGAAUAAUCAUAGAUUUGAAAACGAAGCUGAAGAAGCUCGGAAAUUGAUUUAUAAUUAUCCAGUAACUUAUACUGCGUUGAAGAACUCUUCAUUUGUUCAAUGUUAUCUUUUCAAAAGCAGCGAUACAACAUGAAAUAUUUAGUUAAUUCUUGACCUAUUAAUUUUAUUUUACAUCAUUAUUAUAUGUUACUAUUUUAUCAUAUGUAUUAUUGAAACGAAUAUUACACUUUUUACAAUGAACAUAAAACUAUACCGAUUCGCGAAUGUUUAUUUUUACGAAAUAAUUGAUUUAUACUAAAAAUUUUAUUCAAAAUAGAAUUAAAGCAUGGGAAAUUAUUACAUGUAAAACAGGACACGUAGUGUUCACAUUUAACAUAACACCAGUGUAUAUUGUGUCACAACUGGGAUACAUAAUAUUACAAUGGUGCAUAAUAAAAUUCUAUACAUAUUUCAUUCUAUCUAAAAGUAAA